AUGAUGGAAAUUUCCAAACCUGCAAAUCCUCUGAUAGCUCUUCUCCCAAUCACUCUCCCUUUUCCUUUCCUUAUGUGGUAUCUCCCAGAGCUUUCUCCUCUUGAGGCUGCGUUUUGUGUGUAUACUUUUGCAGUGUCAUAUGCCUUUGUGAAAUCUUUAUCAACAAAAAAUCAUUCAGUGGUAGAUGAGAUGUGGAGUAUUUUGCCGAUUUAUUACGUAUAUAUUUUUACAGCAAGAAUGAAUAACAUCAGGUCAUACAUUAUGCUUACUUCCCCUCCGUGAGCGAAUAAACCAUUAGAAAAAAGCCAUUUUUUACCCUCCGCGAACAAAAAUUUUUUUAAUAGAAAAAUUUUUUAUGGAAAAAAAAUUUGAUAUAUAAGUGAUAAUUAUUAUAAUGAAAUCUCUGGCUAAUUUUGUUUAAUUUUAAACAAAUUGCGUUUUUAAAACAUAAAAUUUUAUAAAUUAAAUUAAUAUUUGCUUUCCAAUUUUUUGCGAAUUAGGAUUUUUUUAAAUUUCUAAAUAAAAAUUUUAUAUAAAAUUUAUAAUGAAUUUUUUAAAAAAAAAAAUUAACCCUCAUCUGUGAGCGAACAAGAUUUUUUUGUUCGCUCACGGAGGGGGGAGUCAGUCUUGUUACAAUGUGGUCAUUGAGACUUUCUUAUAAUUUUUAUCGUAAAGGUGGAUACAGAGGAUUAGAAGAUCAUAGGUGGAAAGUGCUGAGAGAGACUAUACCAAAUCCAAUUCUUUGGCAACUAUUUAAUUUCUUUUUUAUCUGUGCGACACAAAAUGCUCUUUUGUUUUUUAUAUGUUUACCAGCAUAUUAUGCACCUAAAGGCCCAUUAAAUGCAAUUGAUAUAGUUGCUGCAGUACUGUUUUUAGGGUUUCUUUUAUUAGAAACUAUUGCAGAUAACCAGCAAUGGAAUUUCCAAAAAGAAAAGCAAAGGCUAAUUAGUGAGAAAAAACCGCUUCCUGAAGAGUUUAAUAAAGGAUUUUUAUAUACAGGACUUUUUAAAUAUUCCAGACAUCCUAACUUCUGUGGAGAGAUUUCUAUUUGGUGGAUUUUCUAUUUAUUUGCACAGUCAUUUAACCUAUCAAUUCUUGGUCCAAUCUCAUUGACUUUAUUAUUCCAAGGAUCUUCCAAUUUUACAGAGAAAAUCAGCGCUUCAAAAUAUCCUGAGUACAAAGUGUACCAAAAAAUAACAUCAAAGAUAAUUCCGUGGUUUUCACAAAAGUGGCCACAAUAA